CGAAAUACAAAAAAUCAAAGCACACACAGUUUCCGAUAUUUCGAUUAUUAUUUUCUUUACAUCAGAAAAAAAGAAGACAGAUAUGAGCUCAAGAACUGGGGCUAAGGUGCCGGUCAUAGAUUUCUCAAACCAGAACCUGAAACCGAGCAGCCCUGAAUGGGAUUUGUUGAAGUUCCAAGUCCGGGAAGCAUUGGAGGAGUACGGCUGUUUUGUGGCCUCGUUUGACCAACUCCUGGAGCUUCGGCAGCCAGUUUUAGGGGCCUUGAAACAGCUAUUUGACUUGCCUUUCCAAACAAAACAGCUUUGUGUUUCCGACAAACCCCUUCGUGCCUAUCAUGGGUCUCAAUCAAGAUUGUAUGACAGCAUCUCCACUGAUGAUGCACAUAUUGCUGAAAACAUUGAACAAUGCCUCACAACCACUUUGUGGCCUCAAGGAAACAUAAACUUCAGUAAAACUCUGGCAUCUUUCACUCAGCUAGCAUUAGGAUUAGAGAAGACAAUUUUGAGGAUGAUUUUGGAGAGUUUUGGCCUUGAGAAAUACAUGGAUGAACUUUCGGACUCAACAAAUAAUCACCUGAGGGCAAUGAAAUACGGAAGGCCAAACACCAGCGAGCCGACCCUUGGGAUACCUCCGCACUGUGAUAAUACUAUAUUGACUCUUUUGUCUCAAUUAAAUGAGGUUCAAGGAUUGGAGAUCCAAAACAAAAAUGGCGAAUGGAUGAAUUUAAUUCCUUUACCCAACUCUUUCGUAGUCAUGCUUGGAGAAUCCUUCAGCAUAUGGUUGAAUGGUCGACUGUCUUCUUGUUAUCACCGCGUACUGAUGGAGGGAAACGAGGCUAGGUAUAGCAUCGGAUUGUUUGCAAGGCCAAGAGGAGGGUACCUAGUAAAGGUUCCGAAAGAGCUUGUUGAUGACAAAAAUCCGAUGCGCUUCAAACCCUUUGACCUGGAAGAAUUUUUGAAAACUUUCUCCCCCCAGAUUGUUCAAGGACGUGGUAAAUCUGCUCUUAAAGCUUACUGCAGUGUUUAAGAUUUGGGCAUAAAUAAUUUUAUAUAAAAUAAAUAAUUCGUGGUCUCUCUGUAUGUAAUAUAAUAAAGGCUAUUCCAACUCAACAUUGAAGUUGCCCAAAUCAACUGUGUGCUAAAAGGGUUGUAAAAGUGGUAACGAUGGUAACGACAAAUUACAUAUUUCAAGUGUGUUUUUUCUUUUCAAGAAUAAAAAUAAACUGAUAUAUAUUUUUAUAUAAUACUUAAAAUUAUUCAUAA